GCGGUCAGCGUCAUUACCUGAUGAAGUUUAUCCAAGCUUCUGCUGUAACAGAGUUUUUAUGUUAACCGAGCUGCUUAUUUUGCGUGCAUAACAGCAAAGGCUGCUUUGCUAAUGAAAUAUAUUUUCAAGUCUUGACGAGUAUAAAUCGGUUUCUCAUAUGAGGAAAGCAAUGAGAACCCGCUCAAGUUCACCUCCAAUUCAUGUGCACGUCAAUGAUGACACACCAGUCCAUGUGCAUGUGAAGAGCCAGAGGACCAGUCCUGCCAGGACACCUAAGGGGAAGACCAAGGUCGACAAAGGAAACCUCCGUCCUGCAGCCAAAGUCAAAACUCGAGCACCAUGGAUUCCUCCAGGGAAGGCUCCCGGGAUACGGGAUGGGUCAUACAAGUGGGAGGGGCCAACACAUCGCCUUGAGAUCACACCAUCAUUCCCUGAACCAGAGCUUGAACAUCCCCAGAGUGCACUGCGUUUGGCUGACCUCACAUCAGAGGAAGAGGAAGGGCUGCACGGACGGAUCAGCCAGUAUGAGAGGAAGAUUGACAGCUUACUGACCGAAGUCAGCUCUCUGAAGAAUGAGGUAGAACUGCGGAAGAAGGAGCAGCUGCUAGAGCGUCAGUCAGAGCAGCUGAGUGUCUCCCAGCGGGUGAUCGCAGAGCAGGAGGAGGAGCUAGCUGAGGUGACCAAAGAGCUGGAGGAGACUGAGCGGGAAAACUCACGACUACGCCAAUCCAUGGAGAAGAUGCUGGAGGACACCGACUACAGCAGACUAGAGAGGGACAGUGUGCUACAAGACAAAGAUACUCUGCUCAGGAAAUUGAUGGAGGCUGAGGUGGAUGGGACAGCAGCUGCCAAGCAGGUGUCAGCUCUGCGAGAAUCUGUUUCUAAAUUGGCCGGCACUAGUGGCAGCAGGCUGUCGGGCUCUGACUCAUCAGUCUUGGCCCGUCAGAAGGAGCUGUUGCUGCAGAAACUGGAGACAUUUGAGGCUACAAACAGAACUCUGCGGCUCCUUCUCCGAGAGCAGCACGGGUCCCAGAUGGAGUCAAUGCGUCUGUCAGAGCAGAAGGAUGCAUUACUCAAGACUCUGGCAGAUACGGAGGCAGAGAAUGCUCAUCUUGUGGUGAAACUUCAAGAGAAAGAGAAAGAGGUUAAUCAGCUCGGCAGACUUUUAGAUACUGAAAAGGACAAUGCAAAGAGCACAGCAGAUUUAUCCAAGACUCUGGAGUCAACAAGAGCACAUUUACAAGGACAGCUCCGCAGCAAAGAAGCUGAGAACAACCGGCUGGCUGUGCAGAUAAAGAACCUGGAGCGAGCAGCCAACCAGCAGAAGGUGGAGAUGGAUCAUCUGACAGAGCAGCUGAUGAGACUGAAGGAGCAGUCCGGUGCAGACCGAGAGGCUCUGAAACGAGCCACGCGGGCCCAGAAACAGAGAGCUGAACGUAGCGAGGACACCGCAGGCCAGCUGAGCGAGCAGCUGCUGGACAUGGAGAAGCAGAUGUCAGAUGCACUAUUAGCAGCUGAGACCUGGGAAGGUCGCCAUGCACAAGAAGUGAGAGAGAAAAGUAAACUGGAGAUUGAACUGUCUCUGUUGAACAGCCGUGUAGUAGAGCUGACCGAGCAGCUGCAUGGCGCAGAGGAUAAAGGGCGAGCAGAGAGAGAAUCCCUGUUGGAUCACCUGCAUGGACUGACCACACAGAGUACUGCUGCCAAACUGGAGAACCAGUCUCUGAAGGCUACAGCAUCUGCAGUGGAGGAGAAGCUGGCCUUGUCUCAGUCAGAGCUCCAGCACGUCAAAGCCUCCAUCAAGCAAUAUGAAAGCCUGCUGGAAAGCUAUAAGAUCCAGGUCGGGAAAACCCGGGCUGAGGCGGAUGAGUACUGUGCUCGGCUGGCUCAGGCGGAGCAGGAGGCUCAGGCAGUGCAAAGGGAGCUGGAGCAGGAGAUAGAGCAAGUGCGCAGGCAGCUGCUGGAGCGGCUGGCGGAGCUGGAGCCUCUUCCUGAAGCUUUGCGACGCUCCGAACUCCAGCUGCAGGAGGCUCAGGAGAGGGAGCGCAGCCAGGAGAGACGCAGCAUGGAGCUCAGCUCAACCCUGACUGAUCUCCGCAUGAAGGUGGAGACUCAGAGCAGCCAAACGGAGCUUCUCAGGCAGAAGAACAAGGUGCUGCUGGAGGAGAACAGACAGCUUCAGCAGCAAGUGGAGAUUCUGGAAAGAAAGCUCGAGGAGGUUGGCGGUCAGAACAGUGACCUGCUGGCAGUCAUCGCCAAACGGGAAGAGACCGUCCACGGCAAUCAGCUCCGACUGGAAGAAAAAACAAGGGAAUGUUCUUUGCUGAGCCGAAAGCUAGAAGAGGCUCUGGAUGAUGCUCGCCAACAGAUGUCUGCAACCGUAGAACGUGCUACAACCAAAGAACGCUCCACCCAGUCCAAGAUAGAGGACCUAGAGACCCAGCUCAGCAGGACUACCUCAGAAAUCAACCAACUACGACGCAGCAAAGAGGAGGUGGAGCGGCGGUACCAGAGCAGACUGCAGGAUAUGAAGGAUCGCCUGGAGCAGUCAGACAGCACCAACCGCAGCCUGCAGAACUACGUCCAGUUCCUCAAAGCCUCCUACGCCAAUGUGUUUGGGGACUCGGCUCUAAGCAGCUCACUGCGCGCCCCCUCACCCAUCUAACAACCUGUCCAUCAGACGUUGAAAUAUAUAUAUAUAUACGCACACAUUCCAAAACAGUAUGGUGAAUUGUGCCUGUUACAUUUAGCCUCGCUAACAUGAGCUGGAGGCUGUAAGGAUGACGAUGUCACCCAGUUAACUGGUUGCUUGUUUCAUUCCACUUUGAACCAGUUGGGUGAAGAGACACAACAUCAGUGCAUCACCAGUGAGGAUCCUGUAGACUUUACAGGAACAAUUAACCUUCACAGUAUAACGGUUCACUGGGACUGAAUUGGUAGACUAUAACAUAUGUCAUUAGGAUAAAAAAAAACAAAAUGCUAAACUGAGACUCUUUUUGAUUGUAGCUUUUCAAACUGAAUGUUGUCGCUUCAUGAAUGUAAUAUUAUAUCUUGAAGUCAGUUUGCAUUUUACAUGCCAAACACAACGGAAAUGGCAAUUUUCUAAAAGAAUUACACUACACACUAUAUUUGUACUACUAUAUACUAAAAUUAUUGUUUUGUUUUUUUACAAUUAUACAACUUUGUAACCAAGCCAUCCAUGACACAUUAUGUGCUUAAAUGCAUCUGUGCUCUUUGAUUGUAUGGAGCUGAAAACAUUGGUGCUAUCUCUGUCCUUUGGCUGGUUCAAGACAGUGUCAAAACAAUGAUUUUGGGUUUACAGUCUGACAUAUUGCAUUAGAUGAAUCAAUAGUUGUUGCUCCUAUUUUUUUUCCAGAACUGUUUCAUAGAGAGUAUUUAAUAACUGAAUAAUUUAUAUCCACUAUGGGUAACUUAAAAGCAAUAAAACAGUGUUCCCACCUCAGUCACACUGACUGAAGAUUAA